AUGGUAAAUUUAAUUAGAGAAUAAUAUGCUACGCUUUAUUUUGCUAAUAAAUGUUCAGGGGCUUUUCUAUUUUGUGUAUUUCUCUAUGGUGUGAUGAUUUUGCUUCCUUUUUUUAUUGGAUUUACAACUUCAGGUUUAAGUUGAAAUUAUUACUAGAUUUUUGGAUUUUGAAAAGGACAACAUUUCAAACUCCAAAAGUGAGUAGUUUUGAUGAAUAUUAUUUGAAAAUCCUAAUGAGUGACGGAACUCAGAAAACCUUUACAAACGUUCCUGAAAUAUAAUUAGUAUUAGGAGCAACUUAACCUGGUGCAUUUUAUUUUAGUGUAAUAGUUUUUGAAUGAUUUACAGCAAAAAUCAUUAAGUUAGAAUGAACAAGAUGAAUUUUAAGCCAAAACAAGUAAUUUCACUUCUAAUUUCUUCAUUGAUUUACUGACAGAAUAACAGAUAAAAUAAAUAAGGGAAAUUCAAAUCUUAAUAUUUUAUGAAUAUGAUUUAGAUGAGACUGUCAGUAUGAAUAUGUAAGGAUAUGCCUUUGCAUCUUUGAAAUCUCCACAUGGGAUAUCAUCUGCAUCUACAAUUGGACAGUUGAGAUUGAGUUAGAGACAUCCAAUUUAUUCAGGGUAUUGUGAAUGAUAUAACAAUUUUAGGAAAACACCAAGAACAAAAUAUAAUUAUUCAUCAUAUUAUAAUGGAUUAGGUUAAGUACUCUUAGAUCCAAUAGAAAUAAUAGAGAAUUCAAUCUAUAAUCGAAAUGGUAUUUAUGUCUUAUUUAAUUUUAGAGUCUAUUUUUUAUGAUUAUGUAUCAUAUAUAAUUCCUCCUACAACUGCAUUAGAGGUUUAAAAUACACCUGCAAGAUAAACAGAAUUUGAUAAGGACUAAUUUCCAUUAGCAUAUUAAACAACCACUAAUGACACUACUACUAAUAAUACAAAUACAACAGUGUAAAUCUAAAAGGGUGUUUAUUUACCUGUAUAUUUGAGUCAUUCUUCUUAAUUAACUAUAAAUAUGACUUUGUAAAUACCAAAUAAAGAAAUGGUAAUGUAUUAAACAGAGAUUAUUGAAGCUUUGAAAUUUUCAUGGAUGUAAUAUUUGUCAAUUUUCUUAAUAUUUUGGUUUUUUGGUUAAAUGAUUUUAGAAUUUGUUGUACAAAACAAAGUUUUUGCAACUUAAGCAGUUGUAAAUAUUCCAAUUCCUUAGAAAUCAUACUCAAAACUCAAAUUAGAUUGA